AUGGCUGUUUCGAUUGCAAAUGAGAUAAAAAAAUGUGUUGACACGUGUCCUUUAGAUAGACAAUAUAUUGUGAAUAGAUCAUGUCAAAGGGAUGAAUGUAAAACAAAAUAUAGAUUUUAUAAUUCAACUGGCAUUAAAUGUUUUGAUACGUGUCCAUCAAAUUUAUUUUUUUCAAAUACCACUUGUGUUUUCCAAUGUUUGAAUAAUCAAUACGUAUUUGAUCAAACUUGUGUACGCUUCUGUCCAUCUUCACACGCAAUUAUUGAUGAAAGACAUAUUGCAAUGGAGCAGUAUAAUUGUUAUUCAGGGAUAUGCGCUAAACAUGUAGCUGUUUUUAAAGAAUGUCGCGCUAGUUGUCCCCCUGAAAAGUUUCUGUUUAAUAAGGAGUGCAAGAACGUUUGUCCGAACAAUACAGUUAUACAUGCAAACAGAUGUGUCAAAGUUUGUCCAAAUACUCACCUGAAAGUCGAAAAGACAGAAGUUGCAAUCUCAACAUGGUUUAAACAAUGGUGGUCGCUUGCUACAGAUAAAUGGGUUCUUAGAAACGAAACUGUGGAGACAAGUCAGUGUGUUUCACAGUGCUCAGAGAGGUACCCUUUACAAUUUCAUAAUUCAUGCGUAAGAAAAUGUCCUAAAGAUGUUCCAUACCAAAUAAACGGCAUGUGUGUAGAAUCGUGCCCUGGAAAUAAACUGAACAAUUUAACAACAAAAGUGUGUGUUGAUCAAUGUGCAAAAACUGUUGGGGAGUUUAAUAGGUCCUGUUAUAGCCGCUGUCCAAAGCACAUAAAAUACAUUUUCAAUGCAAGAUGUGUGUCCGAGUGUCCGUCAUCACAUCCAGUAGCUUUAGAAAAAGACAGAUUUGUGUGUAGAAAAUCUUGUGGAGAUUCGAAAUUAUUUAGAGAUGGAGAAUGUAUUGAAAGUUAUUUAUGUGACGAUCCUAUGUUCGAAUACAAUGAUAAAUGUCUUCAUAGAUGUCCCGAAGGUCUUGUAUGGUUGGGGGAGUGUCGACACACUUUGGUUCCAAAAAUAUUUGUUGGAAUUCUCUGCUUUCUGCUUUUGCCUUUGAUUAUUUUAAGUCGACAGUUGCUUCCAGACUUCAAGAUGGCAGCAAGGCUAGUUUUUAUGUCGUAUGAAAUGAUUGAGGAAGAAGAAAAACGACUGAUUCAGUCGGAGUCAAAUUCAAAAUUAAAAGAGAAAAACAGAGGAGCAGAAGAUGUAAUAUCUUUGCAUGAACUUAUACCUCACAUGGAAGAUGAGCACACUUUUUGAGCGCAGUAUUAAAUGGCAUUCACCUAUUCUGGUGUAUGCCAAUUAAAAAUUUAACAUUUGAGUUAAAUUCCAUUGCAUUCAGUUAUAAUCAACAAGUGUGUUAUUAAACAAAUGUGUUUUUUUCCAGACAGUAUUAUUUGUCAUGUUUGCCUUGAUUAUUUUAUUAGUUGUCAUUCAUUAUACAAUGUUUUGCAAAUCAUACUUUACCUCAAAUAUAUUGAAUGAAUUUUCAUUCAAGUUUCUUUAAAGUGUUUUUAAUUCAUGCAACACCGUGCUAGUACAUGACUCAUGCCUGAAAGGCGAAUGCAUUUCAGUUGUAAAAUUAGUAAAUUCACAGUUAACUCAUGUAUCUUUUCAUAAGCUCAUCUGAGCAAAACAAUUUGUUUGAGGAAAUAUGCUAUAUAUGUUUUGUUUACUUUAUGUCAUUUAUUUUUAGUGCUUAAAUACAUCUUCUAAUGCAUCUUUUCAUUUUAUCACUUAUUUUACGCACACACACACACACACACACACACACACACACGCACGCACGCACGCACGCACGCACGCACACACACACAAAUAAUGGCUUAUUACGAAAAUCUGGUAGGGCCAUUUCAACAUCAUGAAUUCUCGAUUUCAUCUUCAUGACUUCCCAAUUUUAACUUCGUGAAUUCCCAAUUUUAACAUACAGAAUUCACGAAUUAACUAUUUCAGCUUCAUUAAUUCCCGAUUUCAACUUCACGAAUUCACGAUUUCAACUUCAUGA